UAGGGUGACUACAUGGUGACUACGGUGACUACGUAUGCUGGCUUGGCGCCCGCCGCCCUCCAUCUUUUUCAUAAAGUCAACGGGAAAGUACAUGCGUGCCGACACGCGUCUCGAGUGAAAUUAAGUGGUCCCUGUUUUAUUAAUCCCUGGAAAUGGGCGACCAUUACGCCUCUGGCGAUUACAGCGGCGGCGGAUAUUCCGCUCAAUAUUCUGUACCUCCACCAAAUUUGUCUUCAGGUGACAAUAGUUAUGGCGCCGGACAGCAGGGAGGAUACAACCAAGGAAGUUACGCUGCCCAGAAUCCAAGCCAAGAGUGGGGGCAACAAGCCGCAGGUGGCAACAGCUAUGCCGGUGGCCAAGCAGGAGGAAAUACCUAUGGCCAAAGCUAUGGAGCCUCCAGUUAUGGAAGUGGCGCAAGUGGCAACGGUGGAGGAUAUGACCGAAACAAUGGCAGUGGAUAUAAUGUGAGCGGCGGAGACCGCGGCGGCAGUGGCUAUGGCAGUGACCGAGGAAGCUCUGGGGGCUAUGGCGGUGGUGACCGCAGUGGAAGCAGUUACUCAGGCGGGGACCGCGGUGGAUACGGCAGUGGCGACCGGUCCAGCUACAAUCGGGAUGGUGGGAGUAGAGAUGGAGGAUAUGGUGGCGGCGGCAGGGGGGGUGGUUUUAAUAAAGGUGGCGGCGGCGGCGGCUUUGGAGAUCGGGGAGGAGGGGGUGGGGGUGAUAUGGUCACCCAGGAAGACACGAUUUUCAUUCAGGGGAUGGAUCCCACUACUACUGAAGAUGAAUUGUGCCGCCACUUUGGAUCAAUUGGCAUUAUAAAGACUGACAAGAAGACCCAAAGGCCUAAGGUCUGGAUGUAUAAAGAUAAAGCCACCGGUGCGCCUAAAGGCGAGGCUACAGUAACCUACGAGGACUCAAAUGCGGCCUCUUCUGCCAUCGAAUGGUUCAAUAACAAGGACUUCAACGGAGUCGUUAUCAAAGUGUCUCUCGCGCAAAGACAAAACACUUGGGCCGGAGGAAGAGGUGGUGGCGGCGGCGGCAGCGGCGGCGGAGGUGGAUUCCGCGGUGGCAGGGGCGGCGGCGGCGGCCGUGGGGGCGGGGGCGGGGGUGGCCCGCGUGGCGGCGGGGGCGGAGGGGGCGGCGGCGGCCCGCCCUCCGGCAACCGGGAGGGCGACUGGCGGUGCCCUAACCCCAGCUGCGGAAACACUAAUUUCUCAUGGCGUAAAGCUUGCAAUAGAUGUAAUGAAGAAAAGCCCGGCGGCGGCGAUGGUGGCGGUGGCCCGCCCGGAGGCGGCGGUCGCGGUGGCGGCGGACCCCCCGGCCGCGGUGGGCGCGGAGGCGGCGGGCGCGGCGGCGGCGGCGGCUGGGGCGGUCGCGGCGGGGACCGCGGAGGGGACCGCGGCGGCGACCGUGGUGGUGACCGUGGCGGCGACCGCAGCGGCGACCGGCGCGGAUUCGGCGGCGGAGGCGAUCGCAACAGCGGCGGUGCUAUGCGAGGGGAUGGAGGGGGCCGAGAUCGCCAGAGACCGUAUUAAUAAUUUAUUUGUUAAUAAAUAAGUUUAAAUUAGCCAUAAGUACUGUAUUCCAACUGAUUUUACCCCUAAAUGCAGAAGAAUAUCAACAAUGAUACAACUAAGAAACUUAAACAAAACCCUUACCAUUUACAUAUUUGUAUGUGAUAGAAAGGUUAAUUUAUUUUUAAUGACUUCAUUUUUGAUGUUCUUUGUAUUUAAGCAUUAAUUAUUUUACUGAAUGAUGACAAUGUUUAUAUUAUUUUACUUUAAUGUGAAUUAAAAUCUAGCUUGCCUAUAUAGAGUUGUUUAGAUUUAACAUAAAUAUUGUCAAUGUGGUUUAAUAGUUUCAAUUUGGGGUUAAAGAAACCUGAUAG